AUGCCUUCGACACCCUUUUCCUCUGUCCAACACAACACACACCCAGGGCUCACAUCGACAUCGACAUUGACAUCCACAGCACCAUCCAUGUCGUCUUCAGGCCUACCACCAUCCAACGCGCUCUUCCCGGCUCUCUACCUGUACCCUUUGAACAACACAUGGGCACCCAAACGUGUUGCGCUGACGAAUAUGCACACGAAAAUCGGACGGCAGACGAGCAGCAAAACAGCGCCGGGCGAGCGAAAUGGUUUUUUUGACAGCAAGGUGCUGAGUCGGCAACACGCAGAAGUGUGGGAGGAGGGUGGAAAGAUAUAUAUUAAAGAUGUGAAAAGUUCGAAUGGGACGUUUAUCAAUGGGGAGAGGCUCAGCAGCGAAGGACACAAAUCGGAGCCAUUCGAGCUCAAAAGCGACGACAUCGUCGAAUUGGGUGUCGACAUUGUCGGUGAAGACAAUAAGACGAUCAUCCAUCACAAAAGCAGCCUUGCUACCCACCACGACCGCGUACGCCAGCUCGAGGGCGCUCUUGAGGCACAGGAAGGUUUACGGCGUGAGGUGGUGGUGUUGCGAGAGCUUGUGAUGCGUGGCGCGAGUUCAUCAGGGACAUCCGGCGCGGGUUCCAGUGAUUUGAGAGAGGUAAGGUUGGAGGAAGGGUCUCACAAAGAGGCAAUGGGUGAAGGGCAUCGUACGUGCGAUGACGAUGACAAAGGUGGGGAGGGCCAUGAAGAUGACAACGAGGAAGAGGAAGAUGACGACGACGAUGCGCGUAGUGUGUCGACGAUUAUUCCGCACAAGCUUGAGAGCGUUGAGGAGGAGGGGGAGGAGGCCGUUGCACGUACUGAGUGUGGUGAAGAUGGCGAUGGCGAACCUGAUCAUGAGGCGCGUGAUGCGCAGCAUGGAGUUGAGGAUAAAGACCAUUCUGUGUCUGAAAUUGUUGACUCUUCGUCCCUUGAUCAGGAACACGAGCACGAACAAAGUGAUGAACAUGGGUCGGAGGAUGAGGCAGAGGCAGAGAAGCGAAAACAGGAGGAUCUCAAGGUUGGCAAGCCCCGCAGCUCCGGUGCGAGUGGCAGCAAGGACGAAGAAGACCGUGAAUCGGGCGACAAGAAAGCAAUGCCUGCACAGAAGCUCGAAGGACAAAAAGGGGUUGGACUUGUAGACGACCCUAUGCGUAUGCUUGCUACGCCGGAACCAUCUGUCGUGUUCAAGCUCUCGGAGAGCGCUGUUUCGUCUCUCGACGGUGACCGGGAUCAAGACAAGUCUCUUCUAUCUGGGAAGACACGGACGCACCCACUUGCAGACUCGAGCGAUGUGGACGCGGAUGUGCUCUCGCGUAGCUUUGACGAAGAUUCUGUUGCUGGGAAAUACAAGCAAUCAAGUGGAGAUGGGCUAGAAGGGGCAUACAGAAUUUACCUUGCAGGAGUGUUUGAUGCAUCUAAAAGUAGUACCUAUAACUGGGUUAAUCUAUAA